CAGCAGAACUUGGCAACAGCAGAGGCUGGCAGCAGCGUCACUGCGUUGGUCCAGGCCAGAAAUAAAUCCACCGGCAACAUUCGGGCGGGCAUUGCAACUAAAUGUUGUUGCUCCUGCUGGCAUUCAUCAUGCGAUUCGUAGACAUUUCCAAAAGAUGUGCGGCCUGCUCCAGGGCCGGCAUUGAUUGCCCCCACAAUGGCAACAACAACAACAACAACAGCAGCAACAACACACGCAGCGAUGCCAAUGGCAAUACGGCCAUGGCCCCAGCGACAUGUUGGCAACAUGUUGCCACGGCUUCAGCCAGCAACAGCAACAGCAGCAGCACCAGCAGCGGCUGUGACAGCAACAGCUCCUCCAAGGAGAACUACUAUGCCCCGCAGCAGCGACAUCAGCAACAUUUGGGUGUGACACCGCAACAACUGGAGCAAAUACGCUUCUACCAGCGCAUGCAGCAGCAGCAGUUGCAACUGUUGCAGCAGCAAUUGUUGCAGCGGCGUCGCAUGCAGCAGCAACUAAGGGAUCAGGGUGUUACAGCUAAAGCCACAACCACAGCGGGCUUGACCUGCAAUCAACAGUAUCUGCGGCAACAAAGAUUGCAACAGCAGCAGCAGCAACAUCAACAGCAAAGAUAUAGCGCCAAUGAUAAUGACUAUCUGAACAACAAUAUUAACAAUCAGAAUAAUAAUCUGAUUGUGGGUCAAGGAACCUUGAAACUUCGACGUGGCAUGACCGAAUUCUCAACAAACAACGAUCACAGGCAACCGCAUUUCAUCUCCGCAUCUCAGCAAAAACCGCUCCAGAACUCACCCAUACACCAGACUAAUCCCCAUCAGCAAACGCAAACGCAAACGCAACCGCCCCAUCAUCCUCAUUUGCUUCAACGCUUAGCCCAACAGCAGCAGCAGCAACAUCGUCAGCAGACCCUGCCCCACAGCAAGCAACAGAACGGCAACACGGCUGCCCACAUUGGCCUAGGAUCGUCUCCACAUUCCCCCACGCUCGGCUACAGGAAUCCCCUGAACAGUCCCACAAUCACCAGCAACAAUUGCUGCUCCCCCUUUGGCAACACGGCGGCUCAGACGACAGCGGGCAAACGCUACCAGCAGCAGCUGACCGAUCGCCUGCUGCAGCAGCAACAUCUGCAACACUGCCAGCAGCAGCAGUUGCAGUCGCUGGGAGUAGUCGCCGCUGGUGGUGGUGGUGCAGGCAGCGAUGAGGAGGACUCCGUCAACGAGGAACUGAGCGAGGAGAGCCUCAAGCAGAAUGUGGCCAUUGUCCUGAGCAAUCUGGACAGGUACAACAACGCCCUACGCAGCAUCAUACUGAAUGAGCAGCUGAGCGGCAUCAGUGGCAGUGGCAGCAGUAGCCUCCUUCUCGACAGCAGCAGCAGUCUGCUGUGCUGCGACAACGACAAGAAUUUUGCAGGCAAUCAACGUUGCAACAACAGCAACAACAACAACAACAACGUGUGGGGCAAGAUGGCAGCCACACCGGAAUCGGACUACAACAGCAAUGCCACAACGCCGGGCGGCAGAAGUGGCAGCGAGCAGCAGCAGCAACAAAUUGGGGUAGGUGGAAUGCUUUGUGGUAAUGGUGGUGGUGGCGUUACUGGUGGUGUUGGUGGUGGUGGUGGUGGCAACAAUCUCAACUGCUCGCUGGCCUCGUCGCACGACUUUACUCACGACAAUUCCGAUUAUCAGUGGUUCCUGGACUACGGCUAUCGGGAUGGCUGCAGCGGCAUGCAGCGCAGUGUCCUCAGCUCCCUCUCGGCCUCCUACAAUGCCAUGGGGGAUCUCAUCUACUACGAGGAUCUGGCCAAGAAUCUGGACGCCAAUCUGGCCGAGGUGGAUAUGGAGAGUUUUCGUGCCGAGGAUAUCCACUCGCUGCUCUCGCAGCUGCCGGCCUACUGCAAGAGUUUGGGCGGUGCCAACAGUCGCCUGCAGCAGUCGCUGCUCCUCCAGCAGCAGCAGCAGCAGCAUUUGCAGCAGCAGCAGCAACAGCAGCAGCUGGAGCAGAGCAGCAACAGCAACAACAUGAUGAUGAUGCCACACAACAUGAUGUCGCAGACAUCCACGACAUCCACCAAUGAACUGAUCGACAAUUCCUUCUGCAAGUCCGAGCUGCUCUUCUCGCCCGUUCGGGAGUCGCACAUCUCCGUGGACUCGCUGGACAUGGAUGCGUAUCCGGAUGAGGGCGAGAUAGUACUCACCUGCAACAAGGAUAACUACACCAUAGCCUUCGAGGGCAGCGUCCUCUACUCGGACGAGAGUUUCUAUGAACCCAAUGACAUGGCGCUGAGGAGCAAACAGAACUGCAUCAAUUUGCACAGCAAUCUGGAGGAUAUUGUGAAGCGCAACAAGGCCCUGGAGGUAUCCAUGUCACGCUCGGCCCAGGCAUUCCAUCCACUGUGUCCACCCAUGUCGCCCAAAGCCACAGCCACAGCCACAGCAGCAGCAACAUCUGCAGCAGCGGCAAAACUUCAGCGACGCUCGGUAUUUCUUGUCUCGCCCGCACGCAGAUAUCCCUCGGGUAACAACAACACGGAGACCAUCACCAUCACACGACAUUUGCCGCAGUGCAGCGUGCGGAAGAGCAGCAGUCUGCCGAAUCUACAAAGCGAGGAGACAUUGCCAAUGACACAAGAGCAGCAACAGGAUCGGCAGCAGCAGCAGCAGCGAGUGGAGCAGGGAGCCGCUCCUUUGAAUGUCUCACAGGCCAUCAGCACCUCAACAAUGGAGUCAUGCAAGUCGCGCUCGAGGAACCUGCUGCCCAUGUGCCAGAUGCCCAUAUCCAUAAGCGUUUCCAUCUCCGAGAGACUGCAACAACAAACAGAUCUGCAGCAGCACCAUCACCAGCAACAGCAGCAGGUCACACCCACAUCCCAUCAGCAGCUGCCACAGCAUCAGCAGCAGUCGCAUCGUCACAAGCAUCAUCGCUGCAGUUGCUCCCACGAGAGUCAGAACUUUUGCUCUGGCUCCGUCUCCUCGGGCAACUCCUCCAAUCCGCCAGCCUUCAAUCUAGUCAAGCUCUUCAUCAAACAGAAGAGCACCAGCAGCGGCCACGAGGAGCCGCUGCUCGCCCAGGCCAGCGCCCACACCUGUAUGGAUGUCUCCUCGGGCUGUUGGCCCUCCAGCGAUGCGGCCAGCUCGAGCAGUGGCUCGCUGGAGCAGCGUUUGCGCAAGAAGAGCAUGAACGACUCGGGCAAGGGGUCGGCCGUCAGUCGCCACGACGAGGAGGAGGAGGAGGAGGGCGGACACUAUGCGGAUCAACAGACGCCCCCAAAGCAGCGUCAGCUGAGGGCACGAGCCGAUGCAGUAUUCUAUGAUGAUGCAGCCAGCUCGAGUUCCACGGGCUCCCUGACGGCCACCAACUCGCCGGCUCAUCGUCGUCGCAGCAUGCCGCUGCGGAAUCCACAGCUCUAUCAGCUGGCGGCAGCUCAGACCUCGACGGCCAGUCAGAUGUCAUCGGAGGCGAGCACAGAGGAGCAACUGACGCAGGUGCCGCGACGUGGCGCAGAGGCUGCCACCACACGGCCCCUGUCCUGUGCGUCCAGCUCCGAGAUGAUAACACGCUCCAUGCAGACAUCCUGCGGAUCGUUGAGCACCACGCGCAGCAGCCUGAGUGAGCGAUACAGAUGCGUGCCGCCCUCCUUCCUGGAGAAGCUGAACAAUCUCGGGGAGCAGCGGCAGGCGCCCAUCUAUGUGAUCUAUCCGAAUUACGCGCUGCCCGACUUGGGCUUUGUAAAGACCACAGCCGCCACCCCGGACGUGAUCUUCUCGCCCUUCAACUACAAGAUGACGCUGGAUGGAACAGCGAACAGCUCCGGAUCGCUGAAGAAGCCGCGCAGCGGCAACAGCACCAGCAGCAGGCAGAGCAUCAACGAGGAUGAGCUGUUCAAGACGAUGGACUACAAGCACAUUGCCGACUGGCAAUCGCUGGCCACCCUGUUGCCAGUGGAGUAUCGCCGGCGGCUGCAGCACAUUCCCGAGGUGAAGCAACUGGUGCGACAACUGGACGCGGAUCUCGCCCAGCGGCCACUGUUCUGUAUGUCUCCGCCACUGCGGAGGAAUCGCACACACAUCUGCGACUGUGCCAAGUACUUCCAGCAGACGCAGGCGGGCCAUGGCCAGACCCAGCUGCAGGACGAGGGCUCCAGCUCGGGGUCCAGUCAACCGCCCAGCUCGGGCUAUCGCGGCUCUUCCACGCUGCUCACCGACUCCGAACUGGAUGCGGAUGCGGAUCCGCUGAAGCAAAUGUAUGUCUACCAAUACGAUCAGCAGCAGCAGAUGCACACAACGCCACCGCAGCCCAUGCCCAGGAGCAUCCUGCGCAAGGCCAACUCUGCGCAGGCGCGCACCAAGCGAAAUUCCAUGAUCGAGGGCGGGCAGCAGACGCAGAAGAUGUCCAAGCUGGAGAAGCGACGCAGUCUGCAGGAGCCGCCCUACAACUACGCUCUGGGCUCCACCGAUGAGCUGCUGGCCGAUGUGUUUGAGGAGGAAGAGCAGCAGCAGGCACAGGCCCAGAGUCCGGCGGUGAAGCAGCGGCUUUCGCGCAAGGAUCUGGACGCCAGGGCACGGGCGGAGAACUUCCUGGCCAGCCUGCCACGCUCCGAACUGAAGUAUUAUGCAGAGAUUGCCUCCAUCUUGGAGACAUCCGGCGAACACGUGCAAUACGAUGCGGCAGCGCUCAAGAAGGAGGUCAGCCGCGUGCUCAGUCAGCAGAAGAAGGUGUCGUUCACCGAUGAGGCGGCUGCCGCCGCUGUCACGGCCCUCACCGGCGAUGCCAAGCGCUUCUCGACGCCGCCCAAUUCGCCCAACAUUUCCAUGGCGGCAGCAAUGCAGCGACGCGAGACCCUGGAUGUGAUGGAGCAGCGGAAGAUCGAGAGCAAUCGCUUCAAGCGUCUGCAGAUCCAAUGGGAACUGAUGAGCAAAGACUCGAGCAUGCUCAAGGAGCUGGCCUGUGAGGCGGCGACCAAGAGUGGCGGCUCCACGCCCACCUCGACCAACUCGACGGGCUCCAAUUCGGCGCCAAGAUCAAGGAUACCGCGACCAGUUAGCUACCCAGCGGGCAGAAGUUCUACACCCACAUCGACGCGUACUGCCGCCACUGUGGUGGCCAGCCCGUCACCUGCACGUGUGUCCGCACCAGCCAAGACUGUCACUAAAAGCCACAACAAAACUCUGUCUCUUUUGUCCUCCCCGCGUUUAAGUAGACUAAGCAGCGCCCAGCAGGAUGCAGCCAAUGGAGGCAAGCCCAGCAGCAGCACACGAUCGCCCAGUCGCAUUGUACCCCCCAAGCGGUAUAGUCUGGCGGGCACACCCACACACACACACACACCCACACCCACAUCCACACCCACAUCUGCGCCGGCAACAGGAAGGGCGCGCACGCCCACCAAUCGAGUGGCAGUAACGGCGCCCAAUACGCCAAAGCGACAGGCAGGAGGAGUUGCCCCAUCGCCCAGACCCACCUCGCGAGUGCGUUGAGCGUCCACACACGAGUCCAAGACCAGGUCCAGUCAUCCCCAAUUAGUCAGCGGCGGACAUUGAAGCGAAUUACUCAACAAAACAUAUUCAACAAAAAGCAAAACAAAACAAAAAUUAACAAUGAAACAUUGUAAAAUUCUAGACUUAAGGCUUUUUGUGUGCGUGCGGCUCUACUGCUUACAUAUGUGCAUGUGCCCCCCUGGAAAGUGAUAUAUAGAGAGGAAUCUGAGAAGGGAUCGGCUGAGAAAAAGAGUUAGAGGGGGAUAUAUUGAAGGGUCCGAAAGUGAUUGAUAUUAUAUUGCGUUGCGGGAAAGUAGCUGAAAUUUCUUUUUUUACAAACUAUACAUACUGAAAAGUCUAUACAUAUGCCAAGUACGCGUAACUUAAACAAAUAUUUUGAUGUAUAUACACACACACACACACACACACACACAGAAGCAACAUAUGCAUAUGCAUAUACAUAAACACAUAUGUAUACAUAGACGCUUUUUCCACUAGCCUACUCAGAAGAUAGGAGAUACAGAUACAUUUCGCAUACGAAAAGGAAAACAAACAAAUUGAGGAAAUUGUAUAAAAUAUUUUCUAUAAUGCGGCAGCAUACUCGUAUAGUAAAUAAUCGACCAGCAAUCGGAGUAAAAGAAGGCAAAUGAAGGUUGGAAAAAUCAGACCACACAGAGAUAUUGGCUCAAGAUUGGCUGAAAAUGAUAUUUGAUCCAGGGUGUAUUUUCUUGCUUGUCGGAGAUAUUAAGAGGGGGGUACGCAGCGGAUGACGGGAAUAGUUUUUUCCACAAUGGCCUUUCAACCACUAGCUUUGCAGUUUAUGAUUUUCUGAUUUGGUUGCGUGUUUUAUUUAUGCCGAGACUUUUGUUUAUAACGAAACGAGCCUUUGCUGCUCUCUCAAAGUGAUUUCAAAUUGUACGAUAUAUGAUUACCCAUACUAUUAAUCUUACUACCUAUGUACUUUCAUUUGUAACUAUUUAAAGCCUAUCUGUCUUCUAUCCACUCUAUCUAUGACAUAACUAUAAUUUGUUUUAUUUAACUGCUGGAAGACAUCCAUCUAUCUAAUUUGUAAGCCCAACAGAAGUCAAAACAGAACACUUUUUCUAUCCUUAAUUGUAUAGCUAUUCUUAUAUAUGGUAUAUACUAUAUUAUGUAUUACGUAUGGAGCGGAAGAAACACAAACACACACAUAUUAUAGAUUUUGCGGGAGCAUU